AUGUGGAACUCGCUGCCCUCGCGGCGGGGCAUUGCCAGUUCCAAGGCGGGCAAGGCAGCGCAGUUCGUGGAUCACUUCCUGCGGGCUCUGCAGGAGAACAGAAAAAAACAGAAGGAAGGCGAUAGCCUCUGUGGGCCGAAUGGCAGAGGAAUCUGGGAAGACCCUUGGGAAGAUCAGCAGGCGCUGAAAGAAAGCCUGAAACACUUCACUGAAGUGGUCCAUCGGCUUGAAUCCCGGGAGUUGUCAGACCUACUCUGUGAAUUGAGUUUGGUCAUCUGGCAACUGCGCGCCUGGUUCACCUUUGGCUCGGCCCUUCUAAUUCUGGAGAUUCUGGAUCGCAUCGCUCAGAUGCCCACACGGCUGCCUACCACCUAUGACGGUGGCGACCCGGGGCUGGCGGCACUGCGCCUCAUUGAGGGCUACAUCUUUUUCUGCGUGGCGCACCAUGAGCAGUUGAGAAGCGAAGUUGGAAAUGUACUUUCUCGGAUUUUGAGGAAGAAGCGCUUGCCACCAUGCACUUCUGUGCGGGUGGAAGCCGCGUUAGUGGCGUUCAAAUGUAUCGCGCUCCCGGAGACCAGACUUCAGGAGACGCAGGGUGAGGACUUUUUGCAGGACCUGGCGAUAGCCUUGGCUCCAGACAUCCAGAGCGUGCGCAGGAUCGAGGCUGCCAGGAGCCGAUUAAGUGAUGCAGUUUCUGGAACCUUUGGGGCAGAGGCCCACUUCGAAUUUUUUGGUAGCGCUGUGAAUGGCUUCGAGACCAAUUCCAGCGAUGUGGAUGUGGUAGUCGUUCUGCCAGAGCAGCACGAAUUACGAAGUAGCUCCAAACAGUCUGCAGCGCAAUGUGUGGAGCUCAUGGGAAAGAAGUUGGUGGAGAAUGAAGAUGACUGGGGCAUUUAUGUCACCGACCUGGUGACCAACGCUCGAGUGCCUGUCUUGAAAUGUCGCAGCGAAGAGCUCGUUGACAUUGACAUCACCUUCAACAACUUGUUGCCCUUGUACAACAGUCGGCUGCUGAAAGCCUACAGCGCCUUGGACGAUCGCGUGGCCAAGUUGGGCCGACUGGUGAAGUACUGGGCCAAGAGCCGCGCGGUGAACGAGGCCCUGGAGGGGACCUUGUCCUCCUACUCCCAUUGCAUCCUUCUGCUUCAUUUCCUACAGCACACCGGACUUCUGCCAAACCUUCAAGAGAAGCCAGAGCAGAAGCCCAAGGAGAUGUUCGACGGCCUCCACGACGUGUGGUUUCUGGAUCCCCGCGAGCUGCUGAGCAGCAGCGAAGUGUGGCCGCGCUGGGCCAUGCAGCGGCCCAAGGAAGCAACGCUGCGGGGCCUUCUCACUGGAUAUUUUGAAUUCUUGGCUUAUGGAUUGAAAGCUCACUCCUUGGUGGCUAGUAUCCGCUUCUCCAGUCUCCACAAAGAGGAUUAUUUCCGACAGAUGCUGCGGCACAAGAAGGAUUUGGAAGUCAAGGUUCCAGAGGCCGUGGAGAUGGAACAUGAAGAGGCCGAAGUUGUGGGACCCGAAGUGCCUGAGGAAGCGGAGGCCCACGAGGACGACGAGCACCACGACGAGGCGCCCGAGGCCGAGGCCGUCGAGGCCGCCGAGGCCGUGGAGGCCGAGGCCGCGCCGCCGCCGGCAUCGCCGCUGCUGGAGCCGCUGGGGGAAUUUGAGCCGCCGGCGCUGAAAUACAAGUUGCCACCAGAAGAGCAUGAACUACAGCAAGCGAUGUCGCAGCGACAAGUCUUGUGCAUCGACGACCCGAUGGAACUGGGCCGCUCCUUGGGCGCUUCAUUUCAAGGCUUUGAGCGGCUGUGUUUCGAAUGGAGACGUGCCUUUCAUUUGCUGACGCGCCGAUCCGAAGUUUCAGACGCAGAAGACCUGCAGAAUCUUCGGGAGCUCUUCCAUGAGUCCAAUCUGAAAGCCAUCUACCAGCUGGAGAAGCAUCGUGUGUUUCCCACUUUGGUGGAUGCGCCUGCGCGCGAGCCGCGGGAGUCACGGGAGCGCAGCAACAAGAUCCCCUGGGCCGAACGCCCCGAACGCCCCGAACGCCUCGACCGCCCCGAACGCCGCGAGCGCCUGGAGCGGCAGGAGCGGCAGGAGCAGGGCGCCCCGCCUUGGUCGGGUCGCAGCUGGUACAAUGGCGGCGCCUUCGGAGCGUUCGGAGCGCAGGGCUCGUGGAGGGGGUCCUCCAAGGGAAACAACGUGGGGCCCAAGGGCAAGGGAACCCUGGGUUCCGGCUAUGGCCCCCCGGCGGGUGCAGGCUACGAGCCACGAGAGGUGAGGGAGGGGAAAGGUUUGUAUGUUGGAAAGGAUGGGAAAGGACGAGCAGAAGGGAAAGGAACCUGGCAGUGA